GGGGCAGCAACACCCCAGGAAUUUUAUGCCAAGAACUCCUGUUGGACGGAGGGCCUCAUUUCUGCAUCCAAAGCGGUUGGAUGGGGAGCAACUCAGCUCGUAGAAUCUGCAGACAAGGUAGUCCUGCACAUGGGCAAAUACGAGGAGCUGAUUGUCUGUUCGCACGAGAUCGCAGCUAGCACGGCGCAGCUCGUAGCUGCCUCCAAGGUGAAAGCAGAGAAGCACAGCAAGAACCUCAGCAAGCUCCAGGAGUGCUCGCGUACGGUCAACGAGAUGGCCGCCAACGUCGUGGCCUCCACCAAGUCUGGUCAAGAGCAGGUAGAAGAGAAAGGUAAGGCCUGGUUGGGGUGGCUAAGCGGGACGUAGAGAAGGCUUGUCCUU